ACUGGUUUGAGCUGGAAGGGACCUUAAAGCCCAUCAAUUUCUAACCACCUGCCAUGGGUAAUAGAUGCAAGGCAGAAGAUGCUGCUGGCUGUAAUAGAAUCAUCCAGGCUCUGGCUGACAAAUACCCACAAUUUAAAAACUGUGUCUGCACUAUAGAUGGUCCCUGUAGCAUCACAGCCGUGCUUGGGAAUCGAUGCAGCAUUGACAAAGAAUAUUUGGAAACUUCCCCAAGAUCAAAUGCUGAGCUGAGUUUUAGGCAGCACAGAAAGCUCCAAAGCCAAAGACACCCAGAUAAAUCAGAGAAGGAUUGUAUCAUUGCAAAACGGUUCUGUCAAGAGGAUCUGUACUGUUCUUCAGUGUAUAGGAGUUUCCAGCGAGCGUGCCGGGCAGAGGCAGCAAAAUGUAGGAUGGGCAGCCAGGAAUGUUUGUCGGCAUGGAAAGAACUGAGGAAAACUGUGCUGGGAGAAUGCAAGUGCUCGGAGCCACUUCAAAUGAGAUGCCUUAGAAUAUGGAAGGAAAUAUUUAGCAACCCUUGCUUGCAAUACUCUGAAGGGAACCAAGAUUCAGUAGCUAGUGAAAAUGGUGAUGAAGAUGACAAUGAUCGUGAUGAUCAUGAUAAAAAUCAGGAUACUGACUCAGACAAUAUUAGUAUGGAAACAAGGUUACAAUGGAGUUUAUCAGCUCUCUCCAAGCAAGCAUACACAGCAAACAGAUCCUGUUUGGAUGUGAACAUGGAGUGUGUUGAAGAUGAAGUAUGUAACAAACAGUUGUCCCUGUACCUUAAGGUCUGCUCAGUAAAUAAGAAGUGCAACAUGGAAGAAUGCCAAGCGGCAAUGAGGUUCUUCUAUCACAACAUGCCUUUUGAAGUUGCCCAAAUGAUGACAUUUUGUGACUGCAUCCAGACUGAUGAAGCCUGCCACAGAGCCAAAGAACUUCUGCAUGGCAAGCCCUGUGCAGUUCCUGCAGCUCCACUCCCAUCAUGUCUAAGUGUAAUUAACAUGUGUGAGGAAAAUGAAUUGUGCAGGAAAAAAUACAAAACUUUUUGGGCCAAAUGUUGGAGACACGUGACCAAAAGAUGCUAUGAUGAUGAAGCUUGUCUUGAAACUUUAAUCAAAGAUGACAUGCCCUGCUCUGCAAAUGCUGAUUGCAAAGCAGCCUACAUCAACAACUGGGGCACAAUUCUGCAUGUGGAGUGCACCUGUCAGAAUUCACCUCCGGCAGAACAGUCACUGUGCAAGCUCUUCCAUCACAUGCUUCACAGCCCAUCCUGCUUCAGUCAGCUACGUCAAAUUUCAGUUAAGAAAGGUUUUCAUUGGCUGAAUACAGAAAUACCAGGAAAAAAGCUUUCCAGAGCACAACUGCAUUCAUCUUCAACUAAUGAGCCUGCAGAACAAAACACGAGUCAAGAAGUCCCUCGCCAGAUCAUUCUUCUGAAACAUUUAUGGUCCAUUAUAAAAGUCACAGAUGAACUACUUUGUUGCUUAUGCUUUUUAAGGCUAUUCUUGAAAGCCAGCCUGUUGUACAUAUGUGCUAAUAAAACAUAUAUUAGAAAACUUACUUACUAUAAAUUAUGGAAUUUUGUAGUUGCGCAUUCAGAAGAUUUUUCUAUUUAUUAACACAUUAAAACUUUCACAAGCUUAAAAAAAAAAAAAGAACCAUAUUUUUGUGCAGAUUCAUAGAUCUGUCCUGAGCUAUACAUUUGCUAUAUCCUCAAACUCACGUGACUGAUAUUAAUGCUCUAUCAGCACGAGCCUGGCCUUGCAGCAUGCCUAGUGGGGCAAACUGCGAGAGCCACCCUACGUAUGUGAACUCAUCUGGCAGAAAGGAAAAAAAUCCACUCGGAAACAUUUCAGAGAGCAGUUAGAAAGCACAUAUGUGAGGGAUUAGUACUCUAUGUUCCCUCCAUGCACCUAACAGGAUAUCUGUGAGGGCGGCUGCAGUUUGAUUGUGGAGCACUCUGUGGGGUAGAGGGAGAGCAGGAUUACAGCCCCUGUCAGUGUGAAGAGGAAUUAAACUGGCUGCCUGAGUGGAUGUUUUGACCAGUACGUUGUUGCUGAAACUUGUUAUUCUUUCCCUUCUGAGAUGUUUCAGAAAGGCAUGAGAGAACUUCAUCAAAACAACAAUUGUAGAAAACAUUCUGUGAAUUCCCAGAGGCAAAAACCACUUGCUGGGGGAUGAAGUGAAAUGCCUAUUUCUUGAGAGAGCAGAUACAACCUCUCUCAUCAUCUCUGUUUCUAAUUCAUUGUCUCUAGGCCAUACCCAAAGUGCCUAAUUCUCCCUGUGCACUGUCCUGGGAGUCAUGGUCCCUAACUCACCAUUCUGGAUCCCACCUUGUGGCAGUGAGUUCUGAAUUUCUUCUUGUAGCUGAGUUGUUUCACUAGAUUUAAGCUUCUGUUUAUUAGCAAUUGGCUGUCUUUGUUGUGUUUUCAUAAAAAUCAGGUUCUGGUCAGCACAAGGUAACAGACUGGCAUUUCUUGUAUUGCUAUCACCACAAGCAGCGUAUGUCUUAUCUUUUGUUCAUGGUAACAUCCAGCAAAUUUUCUAACUAGCUCAUACUACGAUGUUAGGAACUCCUCAUAUGUGUGCUUAGAUACACAAACUCUCACACACAAAAGUAUGUAAAAUGCAUUUGAAAUUGGGAUAAGCAUGAGUUAUUCUGAAAGACUGCAAGAUAUUGAGUGGAUACGCAUUACCUGUGGAAUUUUACAGGCUCUUUUCGUUAGGACUAACUUUAAUGAUUAAUGAAAAAGUACAUUUCCUCCAUUACAAUAUGUAAAAUGUACAUGUAUCACAAUUCUUUUGAUUUAUGUUUCAUAGUGGCACUGUAUUCUGUCAAUUGUAUCUAGGCAUUAACUAUUAAAUAAAGGAAUCUAUGCUGUGAUAAUCUGUAUUCAGUUAUCAUGAUUAGACUUCAACUACUUCUUGAACAAAGAAGCAAUGUGCAAUAAAUAGCAUCGACUACACAAAUACAGUUAUAAUUCAGUCAGCAUUUUCUGAAGAACAGUAUCCCCAGUUUUGCCACUUUUGUGCCAAACAUGAUUAGGAAGCAUCCAACAAUAUCAUAUGCCCUGCAAAACAGUUUCAUGACAGAAUCACAGGGGCUGGAAGGGACCUCUGGAGAUCAUCUAGGCCAAACCCCUGCUAAAGCAGGUUCCCUACAGUAGGUUGCACAGGAAAGCAUCUGGGCAGGUCUUGAAGAAGUCAUAUCUUUUCUAACAGUCUGAAUUGAGACACCUGUACUAAAUGCCAGCUGAGGAAAAUUAAGUCCACAUUUAUAUCUCUUUGAUGACUCAGGAUUCCCAGGUCAUUUUGGGUAAGGACAUGAUUUGCCUUUCUUCCACUGAAGCUGGGACAUUGCACAGUAAAGAAAUGAAGAACAACUGGGUUAAAGAGAGAAAGCAUAAAUUUUAGUCUUAUUCUCAUUUGAAACAGGGAAUAUUGGAUCCCAGUUUUUGCUUUCAAUAUUGUUUAUGCAGUUUAUCUAAAGAUUGUUUCAAAUUAAACGUAAAGAGUCUUUUAGACAUACGCAAGAUUUGGUUCCUUGUGCAGUGCUGAAGUGCAGUGCAUUUCUCGUGUCUUGCCAUAGUGAGUCUUGAAUUCUUCAAAAGGAAGAUUUUCUUCAGCCACCCCACUUGCUUGUGUGGUGAAUUUACAUUGUAGAGGGACAGCCCUCUCAAGCUGAUGUGGGAAUAAAAACCUACUAACACGGAUGAUGGAUGCAAGCAGGACCAUCGCCAUCCCCAGCGUGGUGGCUUAGAAGAGUGAAGACCAUUCUGUUCUUUCAAAAAAUUACCAUGGGUAUCUUUCUUUGUUGGAUUCAAGCUGACAAAGACAAAUGUCUUCAGCUCAGGUUGAGGCCACUCAGUGCCAUGGGUUAGGAUGUUUACUGCAAAUUUUUCCGAGAAAAUUCCCCAGCCGACAUGCUGACAUUUCAGACCACAUGCUGAAGCUGUUCCAUUUCCCAUGAGCUGUGCAGAGGGUCUCUGACACCAUUUACAGGGCACAGAUUUCUACUCUGCAGGGGAACAUCUGAAACUGGAUGAAGCCUUAUUGAAGUUUUCAACUCCUACCUCUGUUACUGCCUGUAGCUUUUAAUGUUUAGUUAAUGGAGGGAAAAAAUGUUUUCCUAGCUAUUUAGAAGAGAUUUGUCAGCUAUAAAAGCACAUGGGGACAACUGAUAAAAAGGUAAUUCCAAGAAAAUGUACUUCAAAUAGAUUAUGAGGUAACAAAGUCAACACAGGCGAACAUGUCAGAGGGACAGCUUAUAUUUGCUAAUGCUGUAUGUGUGAGUUGCUUAAUCAGAGCUGCUGAAUCUGCCGUAAUAGAUGAGUGUAUCAGUUUUAGUAAACACCGAGACAGAUUUUGUUUCAUCUUUAACAUCACACAUUGCAAAGUCACAAAUGAAUAUAACAGGAGGGUACUUGUUGAUUUCUUAAACAUAUCACCUUUUUUACAUCAGCUCCAAGGGACUAAGUUGACUUUGGCUUUAUUCCUUCUGCCUGAGGUAACACUGUAGCACUGAAGACCAACACAAUGUUAGAGAAGAACCUUAGAGAAAAAUACUGUUCAAAAAGGUAUCUUAACAGAAAAAGAUUUAUCAGUAAGAACUGAAAGGAAGCCUGUCUUUCCUUCAGUUCUCCAGACUGAUUUUUACAUUUAUUCACUUCUGCAUACAUUUUGAAUCUAGAAACUAACAGUUAUACUGAAAACUUUACAUGAACAGGACAAUCUUUUAUUUUUAAAAAAGAACUUAUGGCAGUCUGAGAAAUCAUAUAAAAAUCAGUGUCACAGAAUCCCAAUUUUCAGACAUUUAGCAUUGUAUCUAAGCAAUAUUUCUACCACUUAAAAGUAACUCUGUGAAAAAAUAGGCAUAUCUUAUACAUUCACACUAAAUCCUUGGAUGAACAUUAUUUUAUUUCAACAGCACUAAUCCUAAACAUGGGAAUUUUACCUCACAGAUUUGCAGUCUUCAUUCUGUGACUCCUUAUUACAAUAAUAAAAGUUUUAUGAACUCAAAUGAUGCUAUUAAGAAAGGAAAAUUAGCCAAAGCUUCUCUGGACUUAUUCACAAGACCAGAACAUUCACUUCUUCAUCCCAUAAACUCUGGUUACACAUGAAAAUAAAACAUUAAAGUGCUGGUCCAGAGCCAAGUUGCCCAAAUACAUAAAAGCUGCAACUACAAAGCAAACUGUUGCUGGAAGACAUUAGCACUACCCAUGUAAGGGAUCCAUGACAUUGCUGUCCAGUGAAGAACAAUUAUGCCCAUUACUAGUGGAACUGAUCAACUUCUCCAAAAACAUGUACAAGCCAUGCCUUUAGAAUAGAGUAUCUUGACCUUCAAAGUGCCAGUAUUUGACUUUCUAGCUAUUGCCAACAACAUGGAAAGAAGAAAAACUAUUGUGGAAGUAUUAAAGAAAGUUCAGCGACGCAACGUAGGUCAUCUGUCAAACCUUCACAGGCUCAGAGCAGGCCACAGACCUAAGACUGCCCUGGAUAUUCCAGUUACAUACUCCAUGGCCCUAGAACAAGUAAAAUGAUCUCCACGUUAUUCCAGGAGAUCUUAGCAGUGAUUUCAAUACAGUGGACUACCAAAGAAGACAGUUUACAAAGAACAGAAAUAAAUAUCUAAUUUGGCUCUGGUGAGACUCACAGAGAGCAAUUGAUAUGUACUCCUUCUCUCCUCUGCAGGAUGCAAGAGUUUACGCUCUCCCCUUUUCAGCAUUUAUAUAGGAACAUCAGCAAAACAGACGGAGAGGCAGCAUGUCCCCACAUUCUAACCAUGUGAUCAUGAUAUUCAGCACUCUGUUGCUUUUUCUUUAUAGCUUUCAACAAACAUAUAAUAUUUAUAAUGACAUAGUAAUAGGGCCACAAAUAGGGAAUAGGGCCACACAACAGGGAAACAAAACACCUGCACUGAAGCAUUCCACAGGCAGAGAGUUACUUCAGGAUGAAGUGAACUCAAUGGGGGACCCUGAUGGGGACUAGAGGAGCAGCCACCACUGGUGGUCAAGGACUCCGAAUCGAAGCAUAAAGAUUUAGCAGGCCACAAGCAUUGGAAAGCAGUAGCACCAUCACACUGCAUGCUGCUUUUGUCAUAUUUCUGAAGGGAUGCAGUCUCAGCUGCUUUACUGUGUGCUGAACUCAGUGUUAUCUGUUUGGGUUAUGCAUGUUCAUGGCAUAACCACCAGAUUAGCCCUGGAUCUUAAGGGUGAUACCUGUCUAUUUUUUGAAGCCAAAGAGUAGGCAUUAAAAUGCUCUGCACAGUCAAAGUGAUGCCAGCCCAGGAAAGCACAGCAGCAGAACAUUUUGUGCCCAACAAACUUUAGCAGCAUAAACAUGAGAUGUCUAAUGAUUCUCAGUCACACUAUAAGCCAAGAGGGAUUUUGUGGGGAUUGCUCACCUGGACCCAGGCUUAGAUUCAUCCCAGGUGGCAUUUUUGGCACAUAAGCAUUCAUUAUUUUUUAAUCUGGCUUACGUUUCUUUCUCCUUUAAAACGAUCCUGACAAUCUUUAUGUCUGUGACCUCCACCCUCGAUUACUAUAACUCACUAUGUGGUUGAAGAUGAACGUGUGGGUAAAGUACAGGCUCCAGAUGUGACUGCUCAUCUUUUCCAAUGCUCACAUCAUUAAAGAGCAAAAGACCUGCAUUUAAGAUUCUUCAUAAGCUCCCAGCUAGUUUCUAAAGCAAAACCCAUAAAGAACUGAGGCAUUUUAGGUUUUUCAUCCCCACAGUGUAAUAGGUACCCUGUUUCAGUGCACAGGGAGAGUUCAGAGCCUUAGAACUCCGAACCAGGCAGCCUGGAUGCUGAAAAGCCUACGAUGCACACUAAGACAUAUCUGCAAACCUCCAGAGUUUGAAGGUCUCUUAGAACCAAAGUCAGGAAUCCUUCAGGGUAGGUAUGACAUAGACGUCUAGAACUUUCAGAGAACUGAGCAGAGAUAGGUUUUCUAAUCUAUACUCUACAUUCUACACAGAAGUUACAGUAGUAGUGUAACCAACCACUUUUAUCUAAGAAAUUUGUAGUUGGUUAGUUACUAAAAAAGUGCACAAUUCACUUCCCAAACUGGCCUAUAGUUAAUGAUCUCAUCAUCUUGAAAGAAAAAAACAACGCUUUUUCUGCUUUUUUUUUCUCAUCAUUUUUCUGGUCUCAGGAAUCUUGAAUUCCUUCCUAGACAGUGACAAAACUUUAUCCAGAUUGAUUAGAAAGUACAUUCUUCUUCAGUUCUGUAUGUAUCCCAAUGGUUAGAUUCACAGGUAAGGGCAUCCCCAAACAAAGUGUACUUGAAUCUCCUCAGUCUGAGCAGCAAGCUCAUCUCUCAUCAGUGGUUUAGUCUGAAGUUCAGGCCAAUUUUUAAAAGCAGCGUGCAGAACAACUAUUGUUUUUUCCGAAGAGUGACUUACACUCUUUGAGAAGCUCAGUCUUGCUCACAGGAUCUUGGAUGGAAGAACACUUAUCAGUCUCUGCAUUAGAACUGGACACUUUAGCUUAAAAUGACCUAAUUCUGUGUAUACAUAGAAACAAACUGAAAGGGUAAAUUUUGUUGUUAAAAACAUUGUUAAGUAUUAAUUAUCACAUCAUCUUCAGAGG